GCGGCGGAGCUGCGGCGGCGCAGGAGGGGGCGGGUUCGGCGAGGGCGCGGCCUCUGGCACGGGGGCGCACGACGCGCAUCCCCCGCGUUCACUCCCGAGCUUCGCGGCAGCCUGGUGCCCCACUUGGCCAUCCGCUCCGUGCUUUUUCCUCGCGCCCGCCUCCUCUUGUCACCUCCCGUCUCACCCUUCUCGCUCCAUCCCCGCCGCAUACGCAGUCAUCCGAGUGCUUCAGAGGUCGUGCGCCUGGGUGGCAGGACGCAACCUUAAGCGGUCCCAGCUCGACCCUGAGGGGCACGGGCAACAGCAUGGACACCAAGCGCUGCUUCGCCAACCGCUUCGAUGACUACCAGGGCAGCCUUCUAGCGGGCCAGUGCGAGGAGGCGGUGGCGCCCUUGGUCACCGCCACCAUCGAGCGCAUCCUCCAGGAACUGCCCCCACUUGGGGUGUGCGCCGUCUGCGCGCCCGUCUCUUUCCUGGAGUGCGGCUCCGACGAGCUGUUUGUGGGCCGCGCGGGCUACCUGUGUGCCGCGCUCGUGCUCAAGCAGAAACUCGCCCAGGAGGUGCUGACUCCAGCACAGAUCAAGUCACUUUGCCAGGCGAUCCUGGAUUCUGGGAAGCAGUAUGCUAUAAAGAAAAGGAAACCAUUCCCCCUGAUGUACUCCUACUAUGGAACUGAAUACCUAGGGGCAGCUCAUGGCCUGUCAUCCAUUCUCCAGAUGCUUCUUUCUUACCAUGAGCACCUCAAGCCUGCAGAUCGUGAACUGGUGUGGCAGAGUGUGGACUUCCUCAUGGAACAGGAACAGAAUUGCAACUGGCCACCGGAGCUCGGGGAGACCAUUGAGAGAGAGAAUGAGCUGGUCCACUGGUGCCAUGGUGCUCCAGGAAUUGCCUAUCUGUUUGCCAAAGCUUAUCUUGUUUCGAAGAAACCACAGUACCUGGAUACAUGUAUCCGGUGUGGGGAGCUCACGUGGCAGAAGGGCCUGCUAAAGAAGGGGCCAGGGAUUUGCCAUGGUGUAGCUGGCAGUGCCUAUGUUUUCCUGCUGCUUUAUCGACUUACUGGCAACUCGAAAUAUAUUUACCGCGCCCAAAGGUUUGCCCAGUUCUUAUUUACUGAGGAAUUCAAGGCUGGUUCUCGGGUUCUUGAAAGUAUAUACAGCUUGUAUGAAGGCUUCUCUGGGACAGUGUGCUUUCUGAUCGAUCUGCUGCAGCCCAAUCAGGCUGAAUUCCCUCUUUUCAGUGUCUUUGUUUAGAAGGUUCCAUCUCCCACUGUGGCCCUGAAGAAGUACCCUGAGAUAUCUUGAGCCUCUCUAAGGCAGUUUUCACAUAAGCCACAAUAAAUGGUAUCACAACAAUGAGCCUUAACAUUGCCACCAGAAGAAUGGGAGAAGGCAAGUGAAGGCAGCAUACCAGACUGGAGAGAGAACCUGCGAAAUGUAGAUAUAACAGCUCACCUGAAAAUGUUAGAUUUACUAUUUCAGGGAAUAGAUGUAAAACCAGGUAUCGGAGGGAAAAUAGGAAGAUAAAUGAUGUAUUUUCCAGGGAAUGACAUAGAAAACAAAACUGAAAUGGUGGCUGUGGCAGUAAAAUGCUAACACCUUCACAAUUGAAGACAGAAUUCAACUAACUCGGUGCCCUCCACCCCUAAAUUCAGAAGUAAAGACAAUCAAAAACUAAAAUAAUUUUAUCCCAGUGAAAACUGCUAGCAGGGAGGAAGUGUCAGAAUGAAGGACAUAAAAGGAAAUCCUUGGUUGUCCUAUGCCUUUAUUUAUUAAAAUUCAUGAUUUUUACCGAAUCAUGAUAAUUGCAUAUUAAUCUAUUUUUUAUCAUUAUCCUAGGCACUUUAAAAACAUUGUAUCAUGACUUAAACACUGAAAUUUAUGGUUUUCUUACUACAUAUUAUCUCUUUUCCUAGUUUAUUUUUCUUUCCUAAAGCAAAAUUAGAAUAGUGAAAUUCCAGGCUGGGGGUGUAGCUCUCUCAUAGAGUACAUGCCUAGCGUGUUUGAGGCACUAUGUUCUACCCUUAGUACUACGGGGGGGGUUCAUAAGCUAGAAAUACUGUAGUAAGUGUUGCUACCAAGUGUUUCUUUCACCAUUUGAAAUGUGAGCUGUGUAUUUUCUAUUGUUAGCAGUUUCUAAAAUGCUUUUAUGUGCAUAAUCCCUACAAAGCUAUUAUCAUACUGUAAAGUAUGCUCUUAAUAAAAACCACUCAUCUCACAGAUCAGGGUAAUCACUACAAAGGCAUGUUAUGUUUGCCUUUGAUGGAAUGUUAUGUCCCUUGGGACAGAUAAGACACAGGCUGAGAAAGGCACCAGUGCUUAUGGAAUGUUGCUCCAUUUUAUACUAUUAGAUUAAGAGUCAAAUUAGUUCAUUGGUGGUUAACAUAUCAUCCAAGACAAGGUACACUAGAAAUUGACCAUAAUACACAGAGUCCAGUUAUCAAAAUGAAUCUUCCUGUAAACACAUAGAAAGUAUAAAACUGCUUCGGGUAAAUAGUGUAUUGCAGAACAUUGUAGGAAUGUCUGUCACUUUAAUUCACACUACAUGUGUUUACCGCUGUCCUAGAACUUGAUCACUGACAAUUUCAUACAUCACAUU